AUGGACAAGAAGGAGGUGAGUGGUAUGCUGGCCAACCUCUCCUAUGGUGCGAAGAUGGGUGACCACCACAAGCAGGCUUUCUUGGCUGAGUGGCGGGCCUUGCCGCACAGUUGCAAGGAGAAGCAGGGGCUGCUGAGUAAAUUCAAGUUGGACAAGUCCUGCAAGUGGAUGGUGGUCCACCAGGAAACCAUCGAAGAGACCAACAGCAGCAGCUUGGACACGAAGGAUGGCUACUUGAACAAGUUCCAGCUGGCAGACUUGGUGAAGCUGCCAGUGGAGUCCAAGGAGUUUGAGGAUUUCAGCACCACCCUGAAGUCCGACCACGACUGGGACAAGGAGAAUCCCAUUGAGCGUGGCUUCAAGAAGGCUGGCCUCACCCGGUACCACGUCGAGGGCUUCAAAGACCUCAAGGUGGAGAACACCAGGCAGACAACCUCCACAGCCGGGCUGGGUGACGCCUUGGCCUUGCAAGACAAGGGGCAGGUCCAGGUGAAGAUGGAGAACCCCUUGAAGCAGAGGCUGGAUCAGGCCCUCCAGGUUCUCUCCAGUGGAAAGCAGGCUAUAGAAAAAGUGCUUCCCGCCUUGGAGGACCUGGCUGCUUGCUUGCUUCAGAAGGGGAAAGACCCCAAGAAGGAAUGGCUCAAGGACAAGGGGGAGACCUUGCAGGCCAGCGUUCUGUCCAAGCUGCCAAGCUGA